AUGAAUAAGUUCGUGGCACUUUUCUUCGUCAUCGCUGUUAGUUCUUCGAUUGCCAGCCGGCUACCAGCUCUUCACCAUGAAGAAAUCCACGAUGAUUUCGGCCAAUACGCUCUAAGAUAUUAUACGGCAGAGGGCACAUUUGUCUCCGAACGAGGAUAUCUGAUACCUACUGCUGAUGGAAAAGAUCACGUAAUGGCCGUAGAAGGUGAAGUCUCUUACAUUGGGGCAGACGGCAAAUCUUAUAGCACCAAGUAUAUGGCUGAUUUGGAGGGUUUUAGAGUAAUAGAACCUGCGGCAGUAGUGGCAGCGUAA